AUGGUUUGCCCUGCCUCCCCGGUACUGGUGCUUUUGCUUUUUGGCUUGUUAUGUUUCGAGUUGUGCUCUGGUAAAAAGAACGCCAAAUACCGUGGCUUAUCAAAGGAAAAGCCAUUCGUAAUGAGGGGCCGAUACGGAAACUAUACGUGGCCCGAAAGAGAACUGUCGGCACGAAUUGACGGAGACAUCAUGAUUGGAGCCCUGCACAUGAUACACGAGAGGAGCGAGGAUAAGAUCUGUGGCCCCAUCAUGCCACAGGGAGGAAUACAAGCUCUUGAGGUGAUGCUUUACACCCUGGAUCACAUUAACCAAAAUAACAUUCUCCCAGGCGUAACUCUAGGGGUUUUGGCCAAAGACGAUUGUGAUCGAGACAUCUAUGGCUUGGAACAAUCCGUGGACUUCAUACGAGGGUCGAUCAGUUUAGUGGGGGGCACAGAACACAAGUGUGACGAGGACACGGAGUCUGAGCUGUUCAUCUCCGGAGUGCUCGGGGCGCCCUCUAGCGUCACAUCUAUACAGGUGGCAAACCUGCUGAAACUCUUUAAAAUACCCCAGGUUAGUUUUUUCUCCACAAGUGCGGAGCUAAGCAGUAGAGAUAGAUACCCGUUUUUCCUGCGAACCAUUCCAUCUGACGUGAACCAAGCCCAGGCUAUGGUGGAGCUGGUCAAGAUGUACGGCUGGUCUUAUGUUUCCGUUAUCUACGAAGAAUCGAGUUAUGGCAUUAAGGGAUUUAACGAAGUCGAAAAAGCCUUGAAAGAAAACAACAUUUGUAUAGCCUGGACAGACAAGUUACUGAAAGAUUCCGGAGUGGCCACUGAGGAGUCUUACCUCAGCAUAGUUGACGAGCUGAAGAAGCGACCUAACGCCAGAGGUGUCAUUAUCUUUGGCUCGGAUCAAGAGGUCGGAGACUUGAUGAAGGCAGUGAAGAAGCGAGGUGCCACAGGACUGUUCUCCUGGAUAGGGAGUGACGGCUGGGGGGCCCGCGGCCUAGCUUACGAGGGCAAGGAGGAAGAGGUAGAGGGCGCAGUGACCGUCCAGCCCUUGGCCUACCCCGUUCAAGGCUUCGAUGAGUAUUUUCUGAGUCGCACCCCGGAGAACAACGCUCGUAACCCCUGGUUUAUUGAAUACUGGGAGAAACAGUUCAUGUGUAAGCACCCUAACGGAAGCCUUACCCCUUACAACGAGCAAUUCAACAGGACGUGUACAGGAAGAGAGCGGUACAGUGAUGACUAUCCCUACAGCCCGGAGGCCCAGUUACAGUUUGUCAGCGACGCCGUCAUGGCAUUUGCCUACGCUUACAAGAGUUUACACAAACAAGUGUGUGACGGACGACCCGGGGUGUGUGACGAAAUGGACCCACCCGACGGGGAAAUGGUCAAGUCAGAACUUUACAGAGUUAACUUCACAGGUUUGUCUGGACAACAGUUUAACUUCCUGUCCAAUGGAGACGGUCCAAACAAGUACCGGAUUCUUAAUUUCCGGAAAUUUGGACCCGGGAAUUUCCGCUGGGUAACUGUAGGAUACUUCAUUGACGGAAAGCUGACACAGAUGAACCGCACGUUGCUACAGUACCGACAGGAGGAGCCGGACCACCCUGAAUCUGUCUGCAGCAAACCGUGUAACACGGGCGAGGCUCAGGAACCCGUCAACGACGGCUCCUGCUGCUGGACAUGUAUCACCUGUACCAAGUAUCAGUACUUACCCACCCCUGCCAAGUGCCAGGAGUGUGCCAUGGGAACGCUACCAAACGCCAACAAGACAGUCUGUGUCCCCAUUCCUCCCAUCUACCUGUCCUACACAGACGGGGUGGCCAUUGGGGCCAUGAUCUUUUCUUCCAUUGGAAUCAUCGCCACGGUGUUCGUCAUCACGGUGUUCUCCAAGUACAACGAUACGCCGGUUGUGAAGGCGUCGGGCCGGGAACUCAGCUUUGUGCUUCUCUCUGGCAUUUUCCUCUGUUACUCAAUGACUUUCAUUCUCAUUUCGAAACCUGGCGUCAUCAUGUGUGGAAUGCAAAGAUUUGGCAUAGGCUUGUGUUUCGCGCUGUGCUAUGGCGCCAUUUUAACAAAAACCAAUAGGAUUGCCAGGAUUUUCCGAGCCGGGAAGCGAACGGCAAAGCGUCCAAAGUUUAUAAGUCCCAAAUCCCAGUUAUUUAUAUGUUUUGGACUCAUUAGUUUACAAGUAAUUAUUGGUGUUCUGUGGCUAUUUAUGACGCCUCCAAAAGCUGGACCUUUCUAUGCCAAUAGAGAUGACCACCAGCUGGUCUGCAUAGCCUGGGUGGGCUUUUCUUACAUGAUUGCACUGUCCUAUCCAAAUAUUCUUAUAAUAAUAUGCACAAUAUAUGCAAUCUUGACUCGAAAGAUUCCAGAGGCUUUCAACGAAUCCAAAUAUAUAGGAUUUACUAUGUAUACGACGUGUAUUAUUUGGCUGGCCUUUGUCCCAAUAUACUUCAGCACGGAUAAAACAAUCGAAAUUAGGAUUGCGACCAUGUGCUUUACGAUUAGCCUUAGUGGUACCGUGGCUCUGGUGUGUAUGUUUACCCCGAAGCUCUACAUCAUACUACUGCACCCUGAGAGGAACGUGCGCCAGUCUAUGAUGGCCUCCAAGACCUCAUCCGUCUCGUACAAGUAUAACUCCACUUCCACGUCCCGCGUUGACUCCGGUACGCAAUCUGAUGAUAUGGAGAUGACGCAACGCCUGAAGCCUUCCAGUUCCUUCAGCAGUGGACUUAGUCGAUCCACGAGCGCCACCCAGACCUGCAGUAAUGGAACGAGCAUCAGCACCCAGACUCUGGACAGCAUUGGUCGUGAGUUAGACCGGGGGACGUGCAGUUAUGAACGUUGUAUAUCACCGAAAACCUAACGGCUUGGGUGUAAACCGGGGAAAGCCGGCUAGAUCGUGGCCCAGACGGUGACGUCAGCUGGAUCGUGGCCCAGAUGGUGACGUCAGAUAGAUCAUGGCC